AUGAUUGGUUGGCAAGAAGAUGAGGGAGUCAGCCAUCUGAACUGGAAGGAGCGAUUAGAGGUGGGAUCUUGGGAGUCCGCGCCCCUCCCUCUCCUGGCCCGCUCCGCCUCGUGCCACCCACUCUCGAGGCCUGCCCCGCCCCGUGGAAGGCUCCGGCCGCGCGCCGCUUGUGCGUUUGAGGCGGUGCGUGCGCGUUCUCGGGCGACGACUGGUUCGGCUGGGAACCCCCAGCCGCCCCUGCUGCCGCCGCCCGUACCUCCCCCGCUUUGGGAGUGGACUCUCCUCGCUCUCCUGAGUCCUAGCGCGCCUCUCGUCCCCUCGGGCCCCCUCCUCCGACCACCCCUCGCCACUUGCUCUCCCGCCAUGCUCUCGGGAGGCUCCGCAUGCUGGCUAGCCCUGGCUCUCACCUCGGCGCUUCUGCUACAUGGAGGAGUUGGGACAAGUGUGGAAGAUGGAUUGGGUGAAUCUAAAAGAACAGAGGUUGCCAAAGAUUUAAGAUUUGACUGGACUGACUCUUUGUACAAACAAAUUGAACGAUUCAGACGUGGAAGUGGCAAGGCCAAACAAAAUCCUCCAUCUGAUUUUGACUUGUAUCAUGCCUUAGACCUUCAGACAACCACUAAAUCCCCUCCAAAGAAAACAGAUUCUGAACUUCUUGGUUUUGACUUGAGCGAUGCCUUGGAUGAUAGAAAUGAUGGACUUAAUGAUGGUGGAAGGAGGCCCAAUAAAAAUUCUGGUGGAGACUUUUCAGAUAAGGAUCUGGAAGAGGUUAUAGGAGGUGGCUACAAACCUGAUAAGGGUAAAGGUGAUGGCAGAUAUGAAAGCAAUGAUGACACUGGAUCUGGAGUGAUAGCAGAAACUGGGACCAUUGCUGGUAUAGCCAGUGCCCUUGCAAUGGCACUCAUCGGGGCAGUCUCCAGUUACAUUUCCUAUCAACAAAAGAAAUUUUGCUUUAACAUACAGCGGGGUCUCAAUGCAGACUAUGCCAAAGGACAAAACCUGGAAGGUGUGAGCACUGAAGAACCUCAGGGUGCCAUUAUUCAGUAGAGAGGCUGUUGGGAACCUGCUGUAAGCCAAAAGUGUUGCUCACUACCCAGACAUCUUUGCUAAAGUUUUGCUUUGCUCCCAGAUGCCAUUCACGGUGGUUGCUGGCUGACCUUUGUCCAUAACAAAGUACCUGAAGCAAGCAGCCUAAGCCAGAUUAAACCAGCCUUGUGGAACCAUUGCUUCUAAAAAUCCUGAAAAAUCCUGCUUCUGUAUUCUACCUAUCCCUGCAAGAGACUGACAAUCUUUCCUCUCCAACUCUUCCCAAGACUACUCCCUCCCUCUUUGGUCGGUAAACUGAAAUUACACUGAUCUUCCUUAAGGUGUAAACCCUGCCCCAUUGUACCCUCUCCUUUAGCCACUCUGAUCUGCAUGUCCAACCAUUUCCCUUUUAAUAAAGAAUCUUUUAAACUCAA